AUGCCGUGGUUCAGCAUCGCAGUUAGUGUCGGCGAUGGCGACAACUCCUGCCUUGAUGGAAUCGCUUGGAUCUUCGACCAUUUCGGUGUUUGUGUGGUAACCGCCCAAGAUUAUGCGUCUUUUGCCAUCGGCUUGCUGUCGUUAUGUGUCUGGUUCUUGCCGCUGAUUCCGCAGAUAUACAAGAACUAUGUUCGCGGUCAUUGUGACGACGCACUGUCGAUCUACUUCUUGUUGUUAUGGUUUUUUGGAGACUCGCUGAACUUGGCUGGAUCUCUGCUUAGCGGUCAGCUGCCCACGCAGAUCUUUGUUGCCUUUUACUACAUCAUUCAAGACGCCGUCAUUUUAUCCCAGUAUGCAUACUACAAAAUGAAAAAUCGCUGGAGAGAUCGGCUGAUUCAGGAUCUCGGUCCACCCACGGCGCCCAGCACCAUGCGUUGUGUACUUUUUGGUGCUGUGUUGUGCCCAGCCUCGUUGUAUUCAUUCCGUACGUGGCACUCACGUCAUCGACGCCAUGUUAGUUUCCCGUUCACCUUGUCUUCUAUUUUCCAUGGAACAACGGACAAGGUCGGUUAUGUUAUGGGUUGGUUGUCUUGCCUGUGUUACCUGCUUGGCCGAGUCCCACAACUUAUCAAAAAUCUAAAGCGGCGGUCAACCGAAGGAGUAGCAAUCGCGACCUUCUGGCUAAUCAUCGUUGGAAACCUUCUCUAUGGUCUGUCGGUUCUACUCGGUGGUUCCAGUCUCAACUACUAUAUUCUCCAUCUACCUUGGCUCUUUGGUAGUAUAGGUUGUGUUUUCUUAGAUGUUAUUGUUUUGCUUCAACACUAUGUUUGGUACAAUUAUCAUCGCAACGCAUCUGAUGACGCUGUUUUGUUUAUUGACAAUGUAUAA